AUGGCGUUUAAAGGCCGACGCGCACCAUCGAAUGUCUGCAGUGCCUCAAGAAGCAUGCAGGGGUAUAUGCAGCAUAUGAGACCUAGUCUUCCAUGUGGCACAGUCCUGCUUUAUCUUCCGCAGAUCCAGUCUGCCAAGUUAUAUGCGCGCAAACAUGUCUGUACUUUCAAUCUGAUACCUUUGUCACGUGCGUUGGCUGCUCUUGAUCCAGAGAGUCAUUGGAGUCUAAGAGAUUCUGUCAAAUUGGUUGUCGAGGCACUCUUCACGCUUGGCACUCUUGUAGCGGCUUGCUCCCGUGUUAGCCGUCGGGCUAGCUAUCGGCCUUGUUAUCGGCCUAGUUAUCGGCCUAGCUAUCGGCCGAAAGACAAUGUGGGCUUGGAUUCUGGCAUGGAAUCCUCCCCGCGGUUUCCAAGCUCAAGGUCAUCAAUACACGACAAGCUGGAGAAACCGCCGAGUUAUACAAACAUCUUCAGCUGUCCAUUCCGGCCCAAAUCAGAACCGGUCACGCGGGUACAAAUUCAUACAGUACCUCAAGGCGCGCAAGGUCCCACGUAA